UGACACACCAACACAAUUGGGCCACACAAGUGGCAACUAAACAAAAAUGUACCUAUGAUGAACCUAAAACGUACCAGGAGGGCAAAUAAACAUUUUCACGACUUCCUUUGUGAUGGAAAGGUGUUUCUAAAGGUUGAAAUCCUCCUACAUAUGCAGUGCCGUGGCUCAGAGGUGCUGAAACAAAGCCGUGCACUCGCACAUAAGAGCAGUUUGACCGAUUUACGCAUCGCGUGCGAACUAACCGCUUCUCGUGACAGCGGGACAGAUGCUUCUCAGGCAAAUGCUGCCUUCACUGCAGGAAGUGUAACGAAGCAGCACGGCGCAUGCUCUUCUGCCUCUCCGACAAGCGGAGGAUGAAUUAUCCCCUGCUGUAAAAACGCUCUUGUGGGGAGGGGUGAUGGCGGGUGCUGAGGUCACUGUGUCUUCAGGGGAUCUCCAGACGGUGAAGGAAGAGGAAGGGGAGUCCAGUGGCAACAACCAUAAGACUCAAGUCAUCCUGCACCUGCAGCCAAUUCUGCACGGGGUAAAUGAUGACAUUGCUGACACUGGCACUACAGUCUUGGCCAUAGAGACACAUCAUGAAGACAGUAAAGCAGAAGGAGAGGAGAUCGAGUACGGCUACCCCAUCACCUGUGGAGACAGCAGGGCGAUUCUGCUUUUUAAGAAGUUUGUGUGCCCUGGAAUCAAUGUCCGAUGUGUCAAAUUCAAUGACCAGCUCAUCAGUCCUAAGCAGUUUGUACACCUGGCAGGGAAAGCCACUCUGAAGGACUGGAAGAGGGCCAUCAGACUGGGAGGGGUAAUGCUCAGAAAAAUGAUGGACUCAGGCCAGAUAGAUUUCUACCAGCAUGACACAGUGUGCAGCAACACCUGCCGCAGCACUAAAUUUGAUGUGCUGAUCAACAGCACACGGCUUCCCCCAGGGACCUUAGUGCAGCAGAGCCCAUCAUGUCUGGCACUCGACCCCCUCGGAGGACAGGUGCCUCCCCUGACAGGUGAGGUUGUACAUGAUGCAGCAGAGGUAGAGGAACCCUUGGAAGAGAAGUUCUGUGCAACAGCAGAGUGGAGCCCUGGUCCAGCCCGGCCUGUAAAUCCCACAACAGCCAAUGGACAUGCUGCAAAGAGGAAGAAGGCUGACACACCUGAUGACGUAUUGAGCCUGUGGAAGGGAGUAGCAGACUCAGGGCUGAUGGGGGAGGUCCUGUCCAGUCUCCAGACUGAAAUAUCAGCUGCUCUUAAAGGAGUGGAGGUUCGCAGUGAGAACGCCAACCUGCAGGAGACAGAUGCCGUCAUACUUAAUUCCCUGUGUAAGAUGUUUGGGCUUUUAGACUCAGUGAAGCAAGCUCUGGUCCUGAAGUGCAGCCAGGAUGAAGAGAACAAAAUACAUAACAAUGUUUGUGCGUUGGAUGAGAUUUUGGAAGACCAGAGGAAGCAGGGUCGUGAUAAAAGCACCUCCUCCAAAAUGAAAUCCUUGAAACAUCUCCGCAAUCAGCGCCACAACCCGUCAAACAGCCACAACUUGCUGUCCCCCGUCAAAACGGGCCCACCGAUCCAGCCUUUCUCUUUUACCGGUUUAUCACCUGCAUCUUACGCUCAGUUCACCAUCAACCCUCAGCUCUUUAGCCAUUUCUCUGCCUCCACUGGCCAGCGUCACCCUGCCGAGGCUGGCAGGACGGACAGAGACAGCCAUGGUGCCACUCUGGAGAGGAAGCGUGACAUCAGUGAGAUGGCAAAUCAGGAGAAGCUCCACAGACCCAGACAGGAGGGCGUGGAGACAGAGGACACCUCAGGGAUCCACAAAGAGCACGGACAGACGACUGUUAAGUUUCAAGAAGACCCUCAUCUUAGAAGUGAGGAGACAGAAGGCUUGCAUGGCAUUGAAAAGGUGAUUAUAGGAAGUAAGGCAUCAAAGAAACAUAAAAGUAAGUGAGGGAGAAAGAUAAUCCCAAAGACACUAAAAGGGGAAUUAAAAUGAAAAAAACAUUACUUUGUCAAACUACUUUUUUUUGUAUUCUCAUAUAUAUAUAUUGUGGUUACUUCAGUUGUUUGCAGUGUUACAAGCGCACAUUUGUUCUUGCAUUGAGUUGUUUGUAAAAGACACAUUCAAGAAGAGCAUUUUGGUUCAUUCUUUAAUAACAUUUUAUCAACUCACAACACAGUAAAGCUGAAAUGAUUCAUUGAUUCAUUGAUUGGUCCACUGACAGAACAUUAAUUGGCAGCAAUUUUGAUAAACGAUAAUAAUCAUUUAAGUCAUUUUUCUAAGCAAAAUGUUCUAAAUCAAAUUCGAAAUAUUUUAUAACACGAAAACGUCACUUUGGGCUCUGGGGAAUUGCAAUGAGCAUUUUUUUACAUUUUUCUUUUGACAUUUUAUGGGCCAGAAAUGAUAAAUUGAUUAUUUGAAGUUUAAUUGAUAAUGAAAGUAAUUGUUGCUGCCCUGAAACAUUCUAAAGAAUUAGAAACGUAUGUGUUUGAUAGUAAGUAUUUCUACAUUUUUAAGAUGCCUUUCACAUGUCAAUGUAAAUAGUAUUCACCGUAUCUAAAAAUAUUUGGCAACUUUUUCAGGUAUUUGUGACAAAUAUUUCCCUUAUACUUUUAUAAAUAAUUUCUAAUACUAUUUAUAAUUGAAAAUCCAUAUUUUGUGAGUUACACUUGUGUGGUGAAUUUUAUAUAAUUUUGAUUUUGUGAAAUACAGUAUAUCUCACUCAGGCUUGUAUUUAGGCCCUUGUUAUUAUGCCUAAAACCUGCCUAAGAUCUAUGCACCAGACACUGUCUGAAGAAUAGAUUAUUCUUAAUUUUUGACAGUGAAAACUAUAUAUUUAGUAAGUAUUGUGACUGUUGACGUGCUGUUGUUUUAAACAGGGUACUGUUUACUAAUCUUGUUAAUUUACUCCCCUUUAUCAUAGAAAAAAUAUAAAAGAGAAAAAGAUGUUAUGCACAUGAGAGUAUGAUGAAAAUGACGCUGAUGGUCUGAUAUGACCACGUAAGACAAUGAACACAUUUAAAUAAAAUACUUUGUUUCAUAUUUUAACAGAA